GCUCACUCAUCGCUUCCUUGUCAUCAGCUAGACACACUCCGCCAUGGGCACCGCUACGCCCCCGCCGCAGUUCUACGGUGGGGUGGACCUCUUCGUGUCUGGGCAACAGGUGACCGGGGCACCGGCGUCACCUGUGCAGACCCGUAGCGGGCGUAUUUCACGACCGCCGCCGAUGCCGCAGAAGGGCGACACCGAGCUCACUCAAAGCACGGAGGGUUCCCACUCUGACCAUUUAGAGCCGCCGCGCAAGCGUGGCCGGCCCGCUCUUGAUCCAAAGGAGCGGUUGAACCGCACGCGUCAACGGAACAAGGAGGCUGCGCAUGCACUUCGCGAGAAAAAGAAGCAGACGGCGAACGAGAAUCUCAUUCUACUCGAAGAGAAGACGCGCGAAUGCCGCGUCCUCGAAGACCGAUGCCAUGAGCUCGAGGCGCAAGUGCGAGAGCUACAAGCGACGUUGCAGGCGCACCGCAUCCCCCUUCCUUCCGUUCCCGGACCGUCGCGCAGCUGGCGCGACUACCGCAGCGAACAGGAGUCGCGCAAUCACACCAGCCAACAUGCGUCACCCGCUGUCGCCGAUCAGGUUGUCUUCCCCAACCAUCAAGCCUCACAAGGGUUUGCUACUCAGGCGCCGCCCGCCUUCCCAAACCAGCCAUCACCCGCAUUCAUGGUCCCCCAGUACCAGCCCGUGUAUGCUGGCUUGGAGGCACUGGCCAACGCAGCUCUCCCUAAUCUUGCACCACAGCCAGUGGCGCACGUCGGCUCGCUCGACCCAGCCAGCGCCAUCGGCAAUCUCAACACACCGCUGCAUACCACUCCCAACGCAGGCUCGUUCGCAAUCGACCCUGAAAUACAGGCAGCUCUGGACGCGCUCAACCUGCCAGCAUACAAUUGGCAGCUACCAGACGACGCCAUGUCCCUUUCGGCGCUCUUCACCCUCGACGAUUUGGGAGAAGAUGCCAACGACGCCGACUUUGUGCCUCCUACGUCGCCAAAGGGCGAGAGCGAGAGCGACUCUGACGACGACGAGGACGAAGAAGAGAGGGCGAGGGACAAGGACAGGAAUAAGGCGCACACGGCGCCGACAGCCUCGCCGCCUGACGAGGAGGAGGACCUCUUCCUCCCCAUCGAGGACGUGCCCGUUCCGGAGGAUCAGCUGUAUGCGGACGCUAUGGCGGCUCUCGGCGUCAGCACGCCUGCAGAACUCAAGGUCGUCGUCAACAAGAUAGUCGAGACGGCCAGCCGUGGUGGCGUGACGCCGGAGCAGGUCGAAGGUCUCAGGCGGCUGACUCGCCUGGCCGAGGUACGAGGGGCGACGCUGAGCGCGAGCACCGCCAGAGCGCCCACUUCGCGACCGCCAGGCAGCGGCCAGAACGACAGAGAGAGUACGGUGAGAGAUGGCGUCAAGGAGAGAAAGCGGGAAAAAGGCAAGGAAGGCCGACCAUAGAACUGUCGCAUCACACAUUAACCCCAUUGUAUCCUUUCGCAUUGCAUUUAGUACUCGCCUGUCUGGUUGUCGUUGUGGUUACCAGCCAAUUUUACUCGGUGGGUACCGAUUGACUUCAGAAACUCACCUCCCCUCGCCAUCGCGGAUUGGGGCGCCAUUGCUCUCUCGUCCAUCCACUUCCUCCUAUUCCCAUCGCAGCUAUUGCAG